CAAUUCAUUACAAUUCAGAAGUGGGAUUCGAUUGAUAAGUGGACAAUCUAUUGGGGAAAAUAGAAAUUUCGUGGAAAUAUUUACAAUUUCAUCAAUAUUUUUGUGAUUUUCGCUGUGCACCAUGUCGAACAUGUUACGCAGAGUUGAUGUCAUGCGAUUGCUCCAAGAAGCGGGCGUUCAAUUCGAUCCAGAAGCCACGAUGACACAAUUGCGCCCACUGUACGAUGAUUUAAUGGCACAGAACAUGCAAUUGCGACGAAAACAACCAGAUGAAAGUGCGGUAAUGUUGGAUAACGUGGAAGAGCGACAACCACAGGACGAACAAAAUGCACAGCAGCCGGUCGGAAACGAGUCACAACAGCAGCAAAACGUGCAACAACAACCAAUCCAAAGCGAGCCAAUCCAAAAUGUGUCAGCGCAAAAUGUGCAACAGCAGCCACUCCAAAACGUGCAGCAGCAGCCAAUCCAAAAUGUUUCGGUGCAAAAUGUGCAACCGCAGCCAAUUCAAAGUGGGCCAGUGCAAAAUGUGCAACAGCAGCCAAUCCAAGACGUGCAACAGCAGCAACAGAUUCAACAAAUUCAACAGCAGCAAAUCGUGCAACAAAACUGGGCAUUGCAAAUGGAACGUGAAGAAGCAGAAUUGGAUUGUCAGUUGGCAAUCAUGCGUAAGAAACGUGAAUUACUCGAAUUACAACGUGAAUUACAACAGUUGGAAACCAGACGCAUUGAUUUAAAAGUGCUCGAAGCAAUGAUGUCAAAGUUCGAUGGUUCAGACGCACAAGAUGUAAGUAAAUGGAUUGCUGAUCUUGAAAAUGUGUUCGAAAUGUUUAAAUACAGUGAACGUGAUCAACUGGUGGCCGCACGGCAUUUAAUGGAUGGAAGUGCGAAACGUUUUGUGCAAAUUACUCAUGUGAUGUCAUAUGUUGACUUGAAACGGGCAUUGAUCACGGAAUACAAACGGGCAUACACUGUGCAAGAUGUAUUGAAGCAAUUGAAAGCGCGCACGAUGAAGCCAGAUGAAACACCGCGUCAGUAUGUGAUUGAAAUGCAAUUUAUCGCCAGCCGAGCAGAAGUUUCUGAAGCAGACUUGAUUGAAAUAAUCAUCGAUGGUCUCAAUGAUUCUUCAACACUGGUGUCAAUGUUAUACAGUGCCACAACCAUGGUUGAGUUCAAAGUGUUGAUGGAAAGAUACGAAAAGAAGCGCAAUGCAAUGAUGUCAAUGAAGAAAGUGUUAAUUCAACCAGUUGCAAACAAAGCCAAAGCGUUGAUGACAGUUGCCAACAGUGGCUUUAAUGCUUCAGUAGCCAGUGCCAAUGUCAAUGCGGGCGCGAAUGGAGUGGAUAUGUCAACAAUUCGUUGUUAUAAGUGUUUCGAUUACGGGCAUUAUCAAAGCCGAUGCAAAAAGCCAAAGCGGCCAAUCAACAGUUGUUUCGUGUGCCAUAAAGUUGGCCAUACCCGCCAUGAUUGCCCGGAUAAGAAGAAGCCAUCAGAAGUAGCCAAUGCAGCAGCCGUCGCAGCAGCCAUUGCCGAGUCAGAGGAACAUGAAGUCAAGCGUUUAGCCGAACAGUUGUCACAUACUAAUUUGGUAAGUGUUGCCUUCUAUGAACAAGAUAAGUGCACUGAACUAAUUUCGCGUAUUGCUCUUUUUGAUUCUGGCAGUCCCGUUAGCACUGUGAAGAGGUCCUAUGUGCCGUUUUUAGUGAACAAAAAUCAUAGACCAUCGGGUUAUCGUGGAAUGGGCAAUAAAACAUUAAAUGAAGAAGCAGCCGUAGAUCUACUUGUCGGACGAGAUUUACUCAAAAAAAUGAAUAUCCAUUUAUGUCAAGUAAAAGAAAUAAAAUACAGUAUUGAAGAUUUAUUGAAAUUAAAUAGAAAUAAAGCCCAGAUUCCAAACGAAACCGUCGUCAGUGCACUUGAAUUGUUCAAUUUAUUUAAGAGUCCAGAGAAAAAGAAAACGGUGCCACAAGUAGGUAAAGAGAAAAUGUGUAAGUCUGACCCUGAGAUUAACUUGAUUAAUGACCUUAUGUCAUGUGAAGAACGUAUGGAAUAUUGUGUUAAUUUAAUUGAGCCAGAAGAUUUAAAUAACUUUGAUGAACUUAUUAUGCUAAUAAAUACAACUGAGGCGGAUGAAUUGUUAUCAGAUUUAAUUGACAUUGACAAACAAUUAGAUAAAAGAGAAGCAGAUGCUUUGAGGUCUACCAUCGACAAGAGUUACGUUAAACUGCUUGACAAAGAAAAAAAAUUGACAGCGUAUUCUAUGAAAAUAAAAUUGACCAGCGAUGCACCAGUGUACAGUAGCCCACGCCGAUUGUCUUUUAAAGAAAAAGCAGAGGUACAAAAAACAAUUGAUGAUUUGUUGGCUCGGGGAAUAAUUAGACACAGUGAAUCGCCUUACGCAUCGCCGAUUGUGUUAGUGAGAAAAAAGAACGGAGACUUGAGAAUGUGCGUCGACUAUCGUGCUUUGAACAAAAUAACAGUUAAAGAUCAUUAUCCGUUGCCAUUAAUCGAGGAUUGCUUAACGUAUUUGGGUGGGAAAAAGUAUUUUAGUACAUUAGAUUUAGAAAGUGGAUUUCAUCAGGUGCCGGUGGAAGAAGAGUCAAUACCGUUGACGGCAUUUGUUACACCAACGGGUCAAUAUGAGUAUUGUUACAUGCCUUUUGGACUGAAGAACGCACCACCAGUAUUUCAGAAGCUAAUUAACCGUGUGCUAAAGCCUUUGAUUGAUGCAGGAAAAAUUGUUGUAUAUUUGGAUGAUAUCAAUAUAGCCACAGAAACGUUAAGGGAACACGAAGAAAUUUUGUCAGAAGUAUUGCGAUUGUUAGCAGAGGCUGGAUUGAGGUUAAAUUUUAAUAAGUGUAGAUUCGCAUAUCGUGAAAUUGAAUAUUUGGGUUAUAUUGUAAAUGAGAAUGGAAUGAGACCAAAUGAUAAUCAUUUAAAAGCCAUAAGAGAAUACGUAGUGCCAACAGAUGCACACGCAGUACAGAGAUGCUUGGGAUUAUUUUCGUAUUUUCGGCGAUUUAUUUACAAUUUUUCUACGAUUGCCAAACCGUUGACCAAUUUAACAAAGAAAAACGUGAAAUUCGAAUGGACAGAAGAAUGUAAGGAUGCGUUUGAAACAUUGAAGAAUAAACUUUUAGAGCCGCCGGUGUUGUGUAUUUUUGACCCAAAACGUGAAACAGAGCUACACACAGAUGCAUGUACGCGUGGGUAUGGUGGAAUGUUAUUACAGAAGCAAAAGGACAACAAAUUUCACCCAGUUGCUUACUAUUCAAAGACAACGACAGAACCAGAGUCACGGUACCAUAGCUUUGAAUUGGAAACACUAGCCAUCGUUAAUGCUUUAGAGCGAUUUAAGUCGUUAUUGGAAGGGAUUGUGUUUACAGUGGUGACAGAUUGUAAUUCAUUAGGAAUUGAGCGAGUUGUGAAUGCAGUAGCCUCACCACAGUCAAAUGGUCAAGUUGAAAGAGUGAAUCGUACACUGAUAGGUGUAUUGUCUAAGUUGACCGAGCCCAUGAAUCACGCGAAUUGGAAAAAUAAAUUGGUUGACGUUGAAUUCGCUAUUAACAAUACGGUGCACUGCACAACUGGCCAAACACCGAGUAAACUAUUGUUCAAUGUGGAACAGCGUGGACUUGCCGUCGAUGAAUUGACUGAAUAUUUGCAUGAUCUUUAUUCAAAAGAAACAGAGAAUCGAAGCGAAAUUAUUGCGAAAGCAGAACAAAGAAUUCAGAAGUCUCAGUUGUACAAUAAAAAAUAUUUUGAGGAAAAACAUAAGCCCGCAAAAGAAUUUGAAGUAGGUGAUUUGGUUGUAAUAAAAAAUGUAGACACGACAGUAGGGAAGAACAAAAAAUUAAUUCCGAAAUACAAGGGGCCUUAUGUAAUUCGCAAACAGUUGGGUCAUGACAGAUAUGUAGUAUCAGACGUUGAAAAUUGCCAAGUAACACAGAUGCCAUAUAAUAGUGUAAUUGAUUCCAGUAGAAUGAAAAAGUGGCUAGAACCGUGUAAAAACAUUGAAGAACUGGACGAAGAAGGCAACACAGAU